GGCGUCCCUCCUUCGGCCCAGAGGCUCCUUCCCGGGGCAACAAGGGCGACCGCGAGCACAGGUAAGGCGAAGGGAGCCACAGAAUACGCGUGGGCCUGAAACUCUGGCCGUCCUCUCAAUGCUACUUCUAGGUGUCGCUUCCCCUCAAAAGAGAGUUUUCACCUAGGUACAAUCGGCCUUGAGAAGUGAGCAGCGCGCCUGCGCGAAAGCGCCAAGACGGCUGCCCUCGACGCUUGCGCAUGAGGACCUAGGCGGUGGCAGCCAGCGCCUGCGCACCAAGGCAAGGCAGCGGCUUGCGCCUGCGCGGCGCGGCGCUGCGGAAACCGUUGGCUCAUUUGCAUCUCCCCGCCUCGCCGGGCGGUGGAUAAGGACCCCGAGGCGGCGGCGGCGGCGGCGGCGGCGGGGGCGGCACCGCACGCGGCAGGCUCGGGGAGAAAAAAACAUGGCAGCAAGGCGGAUGGCGCAGGAAUCUUUGGACAGCGUAUUACAGGAGAAAUCUAAACGGUAUGGAGAUUCCGAGGCUGUUGGUGAAGCUCUCCAUCUUAAAGCUCAAGAUCUCCUAAGGACAGGCUCCAGAGCCAGAGCAGAUGUCUACGAGGACGUUCAUGGUGAUAGCAGGUUCUCUGCCAGCGGAUCUGGAGUGUAUUCACUAGACAUGGGAAGAGAGGGUCUGAGAGGUGACAUGUUUGUGGGACCCUCCUUCAGAUCUAGCAACCAGUCGGUCGGCGAAGACAGCUAUCUUCGCAAAGAAUGUGGCCGGGAUCUGGAACCAGCCCAUACUGACUCCCGGGACCAGAGUUUUGGCCACCGGAAUCUGGGACAUUUUCCUUCUCAGGACUGGAAACUUGCCCUCCGUGGCUCUUGGGAACAAGACUUGGGCCACUCAGUUUCUCAAGAAUCCUCCUGGUCACAGGAAUACGGUUUCGGGCCCUCAUUGUUAGGAGACUUGGCCUCCUCCAGGCGGAUGGAGAAGGAAAGUCGGGAUUAUGACCUGGACCAUCCUGGGGAGGUGGACUCUGUGUCUAGAAGCAGUGGGCAAGGUCUGACCAGAGGCCGAUCUCUAAACAUAGCUGACCAGGAAGGCACUCUAUUAGGAAAGGGGGAUACUCAGGGUCUGCUUGGAGCAAAGGGUGUUGGGAAGCUUAUCACACUGAAAAGCAUGGCCACGAAGAAAAUACCUGUUGCCAGUCGUAUUCCUUCCAAACCUCAGGGCACUAACCAAAUCCAGAAACCCACCCCAAGUCCUGAUGUGACCAUUGGGACAAGUCCAGUGCUGGAUGAAAUCCAGUUCGCUGCUUUGAAGAUCCCUUUGGGGCUGGACCUUAGGACCCUGGGCUUGCCCAGAAGGAAGAUGGGUUUUGAUGCCAUAGACAAGGCAGAUGUGUUCUCAAGGUUCGGCAUAGAGAUCAUCAAGUGGGCAGGAUUCCACACUAUCAAGGAUGACCUGAAGUUCUCCCAACUCUUCCAGACUCUGUUUGAACUGGAAACUGAGACCUGUGCCAAGAUGCUGGCCUCCUUCAAAUGCUCCUUGAAGCCGGAGCAUAGAGAUUUCUGCUUUUUUACCAUCAAGUUUCUAAAGCACACUGCUCUGAAAACACCCCGAGUUGAUAAUGAGUUUUUAAACAUGCUUUUAGACAAAGGUGCUGUGAAGACCAAAAACUGCUUUUUUGAGAUCAUCAAGCCCUUCGACAAGUACAUCAUGCGGCUCCAGGACCGGCUGCUGAAGGGCGUGACGCCCUUACUCAUGGCCUGUAAUGCCUAUGAGCUGAGUGUCAAGAUGAAGACACUCACUAGCCCGCUGGACCUGGCUGUGGCCCUGGAGACCACCAACUCUCUUUGCAGGAAGUCCCUGGCACUCUUAGGCCAGACCUUCUCCUUAGCUUCUUCCUUCCGGCAGGAGAAGAUCCUAGAGGCUGUGGGCCUCCAAGACAUCGCCCCAUCUCCGGCCUAUUUCCCAAAUUUUGAAGACUCCACUUUGUUCGGAAGGGAGUACAUAGACCACCUGAAGGCCUGGCUCAUGGCCAGUGGCUAUCCCCUCCAGGUCAAGAGGGCUGUGCCCCCAGAGUCCCGAGAACAGAAAACCACAGCUCAGACCUGGGCUUCGAGCACUCUGAGCCAAGCAGUUCCCCAGAGGGCGGAUCACAGGGUGGUGGACACCAUUGACCAGCUUGUCAUGCGUGUCAUCCAAGGAAGGCUAUCGCCCAGAGAGAGAACACUUCUCCUACAGGACCCUACUUACUGGUUUCUGUCUGAUGAGAGCAGCCUGGAGUAUAAGUACUACAAGCUGAAGUUGGCAGAGUCACAGCGACUGAACCACAGCUGGCCCAUCGUGGAGCGGAGGCCAACGCCCGCACAGUGUGCGGUGCGUGCCAUGCUGUAUGCACAAGCUGUGCGAAGCCUCAAGCGCAGACUCCUCCCAUGGCAGCGCAGGCGGCUGCUUCGCUCCCAGGGUCCUCGAGGCCUGAAGGCCAAGAAAGCCACCACUGCCCAGCAGAUAUCCCUGUCCUCAGGCACUCGGCAGAAACACCACAGCCGCCAGGCUUCUGGCUCCUUGAGGGUGAAGCCACCACCACGGGAUUCAAGUGAUGCUGCCCAGGACUGCCUAUCAGAGCCUGCCAGACCCUGUCCUCAGCCCUCCAGUCCUGGAGCCUUGGGCCUGUCUCCUCGGCCAACUGCAGGGGAUGACUCAGAAGCCCUCCCGGCCUCUUCUCGAUGCCCCUCUGCUAAUAUGGAUGCAAAGACCAUGGAGACUGCUGAGAAGCUGGCCAGAUUUGUGGCUCAGGUCGGCCCUGAGAUUGAGCAGUUCAGCAUAGAGAACAGCACUGACAACCCUGAGCUGUGGUUCCUGCACGACCAGAGCAGCUCAGCUUUCAAGUUCUACCGAGAGAAGGUGCUGGAACUGUGCCCGUCCAUCUCUUUCCAGUCCACUGGUGAGGCAGGAGACUCGGUACAGAGCCCCACAGUCGACAGGGAGGAUAAGGGUGAGCCACAGGAGGGGCACCCUGAGCAGGAGGCUUCACUGGAGGGCACUGAGGUGCUGCCUGAGGAGGAGGAGGAAGAUGAGGAGGAGAGCGAGGACGAGGGCGGAGAGGAGACCUGCACGCUCAGGCCACAGGCAGAAGCUGCCAAGUGCCCAGGCUCUGAGGGCAGUUCCCCUACUGACAGCAUCCCUGGAGAGGGGUCCAGGGAGGACCAGGCCAGCACCCCUGGCCUGUCCCAGGCCUCCUCUGGCAGCUGCUUCCCCAGGAAGAGAAUCAGCAGCAAGUCGCUGAAAGUUGGCAUGAUACCUGCCCCAAAGAGGGUGUGUCUCAUCCAGGAGUCAAAGGUCCAUGAACCAGUUCGAAUUGCCUACGACAGGCCUAGGGGUCGUCCCAUAGCCAAAAAGAAGAAACCCAAGGAGCUGGAGUUUUCCCAGCAGAAACUGACAGACAAGAACGUGGGCUUCCAGAUGCUGCAGAAGAUGGGCUGGAAGGAAGGCCGUGGCUUGGGCUCCCUUGGGAAGGGCAUCCGAGAGCCCGUCAGCGUGGGGACUCUUUCAGAAGGAGAGGGCCUGGGAGCUGACGGGCCUGAGCAGAAAGAAGACACCUUUGACGUCUUCCGCCAGCGCAUGAUGCAAAUGUACAGACACAAGCGGGCCAGCAAAUAGAUCAGAGCCACUGGCGACAGAGAUAAGCCUCGAAGCAGCCUUGCCCUUCCCGUCACCCUGCCCCGGACGCCUGCAGCCUGAGCCUCGGUGUGUACUCGGCCAGCUCCACAUCCCUAGGGUGCUUCCUCAGCCUUGGUGCCCAGGGCCUGGCUCCUCUUUCCAGGGUCACAUCCACAAGGACCAUGGAUUCCAAAAGUUGUGCUGGCCUGGCCUGCCCUGGCUCCAGUGUGUUCCUGUUCCUGGAUGUGCGUCGUGCAAGUCGAUUCUGUACCUGGUAAAACCUAGAACACACUUGUGAUGUCACCUCUUGGACGUAGUUGUGUUUGUAAGGAUCUAAGAAGUCAUGGUGUUGUCAGUGUUGAGUGCUUGGAAUAAAUGAAGAGCAGACCCGCUGCCCGGCUCCCGUGCUGCCGUCACUGAGGACUCAUGGGGGCCUGGGGACUGUGAGGCCAGCCUGGGUUAUAUCAUAGUCUAUAUUGAAGAAGAGAAAAUAAGUCGGAUAGAGUCGCUCAUGCCUAUAAUCUUAGCUCUAGGGAGACUGAGGCAGGGGGAUUGCUUUCAGUUCUAGGACAUUCUGAGCCAUAGAGUGAAACUGUCUCAACCAUGUGAGUCCUGUGAGGAGGACAGUUCACACCUAGGCCUGGCAGGUGUCUAACGGCCCGGAACGGGAACUGAGCCCUGAUGACUGGUAUCCCCAGAGUCCAGGCCUGACCACAGACAUCUCUAGCUCUCAUGAGUCUCCUCCAGCCUGAUGAUAGUGUCAUCAGUUCCCAAAAUAGAGGUCUUCUAGGACCAAUGACACCGACCCUGUGACUUUGACAGAUCCUUUCCCAAGCCUAAUGAUGGGCUCCUUCCUGUAUAUGAAGAUGAAGUGUCCCCAUGUCCAUUUUAUUCUAGCCUCUAAUACGUAAAUUUGUCCUAUAGGUGGCUUCUGUGACCCAGGCUGGUCUUGAGUUCAAAAUCUUCUGCCUCAUCUUCUGGAGUCUUGGGAUCAUGGGUCUGUCACCAGACAUAGUCUCUGAGAGAAUGGCUGUCCAUGGCUUACCUGCCUUGUCCCUACCUGGGGCAAGAGCACUGAAGAGUGGGGCCUUAGAUGUGAUUUUGUUCCCUAGGGAUCCUUUCUUGGCCUCUGGUUCUUCUACCAGCACUUCCCUAUCCCUCAGCAGGAGAGUGAUAGGGACACCAGGCUGAGCAUGCUUCCCAGGACAGGGACACCCUGGGCGUGGCCUAGAGACCACAGGGCUCUUCAGAAGCUUCACCUCCUGCUUUAUCCUGGAGGAAUUGUGACCACAGUGGUGGCCAGCCAAGCCCUGCCACCUGGCACCCUGUCUCCUGUUUCUACCCACCUGAAAUCCGCUGGGGGUUGGGGCUCCCCAUUCAGUCUUUGACCUUUGUUCUCAGUUUCCUCUGGCAAAUUGUAAAGAGCCAUCGGAAGGUAAAAUGUCCCCUGUGUCUUAGUGUUUCUAUUGUUAUGAUAAAGCACCAUGAACAAAAAAGCAAUUAGGGAGAAAAGGGUUUAUUUGAUUUACACUUUCAUAUCACUAUUCAUCAUUGAAGAUCAGAACAGGAACUCAACACAAGGCAGGAACCCAGAAACAGGAACUAA